UACACGAAGCAGUGCGACGUCAUGUGGUAAAUGUAGUUUUUAUGUACAAUCCGGAUGGCGAGACAUACAUGAAGCUGUGAAAAGUAAACUUCACGUACCACAAUGCACCAGGCAUCGACAUGCAUGUAAAAACAUGGCCACCUACUGUACAGCGUUGUUAAGUCUAUUUAUGUUUCGUAUUUAGAUAGCUAACGACGCUGUGACAGAAACGAAAGUAUAAAGGACGCUCGGUUGAAAUAAAAAUUGCAUGUCCGACGAUGAUAAGGUAGCAAACUACAUUUAUUUUGGGGUGGGUGGCAUUAGAUUUAUAAUUACCUGGCCAACUGGUUAGAUGGCAAUCUGUAUUUUGUUUUAUAGUGCCGUGGUAGACAACUUACAGUGGUUUUAUUUUAAAAACCCGGCCAGCGCUAAAGAUGUUUUCUCCCAUUAAACCAAUAUAUUCAGGGUUGAGCCAGAGGGCUGCGAACCGAGAGCUGGGGAAGACAAAGAUGAGAUAGCAAGAGGAAAAGGUUCACUUCCUAUUCGUCAGUUGUAUUUUAGUUAGUGGCUUCCACUUUAUAUUUCUCCGCGAAAAGAAGAGCUGCGAUUAAAACGAGACGGCAUGUUUGGAAAUCUUUUUGAAGAAGACGAGGAAGGUUUUAGUACUGUCACUGUCGAUAAGAGGGUUGACAAAGGGAAAGACGCCGAGCCCCCACCGGCCAGAGGAACCGUAAAUCUCAGCGGUAUCAAGAACCAGGGUGGAACCUGUUAUCUUAACUCUUUGCUGCAGACCCUCCUUUUCACUCCGGAGUUCAGAGAGGAGCUGUUCAGGCUGGGACCAGAUGAACUAGGCUGCCUGGAGGAUAAGGACAAACCAGAGGCCAAGGUGCGGGUCAUUCCGCUGGAGCUGCAGAGGUUGUUUGCCGAGCUACUGCUGUUGGACCAGCAGACGGCCUCCACAGCCCAGCUUACCGAUAGCUUCGGGUGGACCAGCAGAGAGGAGAGCAGUCAGCACGACGUGCAGGAGCUCAACCGCAUCCUGUUCAGUGCCCUGGAGAGCUCCCUUGUGGGAACUUCUGGGAGUGACCUCAUUCACCGUCUGUACCACGGCAUUGUGGUCAACCAGAUCGUGUGCAAGGAAUGUGGCAACGUCAGUGAGAGAGAGGAGGACUAUCUGGAUCUGACGGUGUCAGUUUCGGGGUUGGGUGGCCUGGAGGAGGCACUGUGGAGCAUGUUUGUCGAAGAGGAGGUCUUUGAUGGAAACAACCUGUACCGCUGCAGUCGCUGCAAUGUCCUGGUCAAGGCUACCAAGUCCGCCAAGCUGCGGAAGCUGCCCCCUUUCCUGACCGUGUCCCUACUGAGGUUCAGCUUUGACUUCUCCAAGUGCGAACGCUUCAAGGAGACCGGCCGCUACACCUUUCCCCUCAGCGCCAACCUGAAGCCCUUCUGUGAACAGGCAGAGCUGCCGGACUCUGAAUACACUUAUGAACUUUUCUCCGUGAUCAUACACAAGGGCGGCUGCUAUGGUGGUCAUUACCACGUCUACAUCAAGGACAUCGACGAGCUGGGCCGCUGGGAGAUGCCGGAGGAGGAGCUGAAACCCAAGUUUCCAAAGGCUCAGACGAAGGUGUCAGAACCCGUGCUGGACCACGAGGAUCCCUUAUCAGUCCUUACCACUAUACUAUCUCAGGAAGCAUCCCGGACUGUCCUUGUGGACCAGCUAGGCCAGAAACUUCUGGACAAAAUCGGGAUUUCUUGGAACAAGAAGUUCCGCAAACAGCACGGUCCCAUAGGGAAGUUUCUGCAGAGCCAGUCGGAUGUGUUCUUACUGGUCUCUAAUGGCACACGGGUUACCCUCAAAGCUACCACCCCCACCCUGGCAGGGGGAGACGCAGCCCCAGAGAGCCAGGCUGUGGAGGAAGGCCCUGGAGCCGGCGAUGGCCCCCACUGGUUUGACCUGAAUGACUCCACUGUGACACCCAUCCAUGAGAGGGACAUCCAGAAGCAGUUCCAGGGCAAAGAGAGUGCUUAUAUGCUGUUUUACCGGAAGGCGGGACUUCUGCGGCCUCAGGAAGCCAAGCAGAACCGUGGGUACCAGGUGCCCCCCCACCUGCUUCAGAUGGCCCAGGAGGAGAACAUCAGGCUGCAGCAGCGACGGGAGGAGUACAACACCUCCUCCAAUACCAUCGAGGUGCGGUUGCACCUGGCCCCACACUACCGCUUGGAGAACGGGGCCCUGCAGGCCAAAGCAGCGGCCGAGGACUGCGCGGUCACCCUCAGCUUCGACCGCCGCCAAACCGUGGGCGACUUCCGGCUGGCUAUCUACCAGAUGCAGGACCUCUGGGAGGGGGACAUGGCCCUGACUGUGGCCCGGAAGCUUCCAGCCGGCCUGCACCUCUACAACACCCUCACAGAUGACGCUCAAUCUCUGUACGCUGUGGGCGUGUCCGAUGGCUCCGACCUCUUCGUCUGGAACGGCAGGGAGGUGAGCGGCGCGCCCCUGCGGAUGGGCUGCGAGUGGGAGCCCGUGCUACUCACCCUGCUGCGAGCAUGCGACGAGGCGGCCGAGGCACCUGGAGAUGGGGCGGGAACCGGCAGCUCGGCGCUGAUGCCGGAACCGCGGGGCUUUCCCGGCGGGGCCACGCUGGCCGCACUUCGAGAAGCCGUGGGGCCCGAGGACGCCCUGCUGUGCAGGGAGGAGAACCGGCCAGGCUGCGAGGGUGGGGGAGGCAGUGGCUGGAGAGUGUUCCCCCCAGCCGACAUGCAGCGGACGCUGAAGGAGCUGGCGCUGAAGGACGGGGACUCUCUGCUGGUGCUGGAGCCACAGGCGCUUGACACGAGCCUCUUCAGCCUCACUGGUGACACUGUAACCGUGACGACCCCCUCGGACUGCCGCUGGCUGCAGGUGGAGUUCCAUCUGCAUGCGGCAAGGGGGGCGCAGGGUGAGGGCGAUGAGGAUGAGGGGGAGAGGAAGCAGGCGAAGAUUUCAGCCUCGGGAAGCACGCUCCUGUCGGAGGUCAAGCUGAGUGCCAUUGAGGAGCUGAAGCUACAGGAUCAGUUUGAAGGUGUGCCAUGCUGCCUACGACAGGCAGACCGAACUGGCAAAUUGCUGCCCCCAGUGCGUGAGGACAUGACCGUGCGUGAGGCCGGUAUCAAGCUCAUGACCUCCCUGGUCCUCUGCCCCGGAGCCGCGCCGGGACCCCACCAGCUGUUCCUUUAUUUCACCGUCAGCCCCCCCGUCGGCACCGAGGCUGAGAUGGAGAUUGUUGUGGAAGAAACGAUCACUGUGAAGGAGUGCCUGAGGCUGAUGUUGAACGCCACUGGUCUGGAAGGCGAAUGCUGGCACCUGAGGAAGAUGGACUGGUGCGAGGAGGUGGGGGAUGCGCUCACGGACGAGGACUCCUCUCUCGCCGAACUCAACGUCGCGAGCGGGGAGACCCUAGUGGUGACAGAGGGCCGGUUGCCGCCCAAGGGGUUCCUGAAGAUGCCAGUAUGGUUACUGAUGGAGCAGGCCGGCCAGGGCAACCACGUAGGCAAUAAUCUGGACAAUCACCAGGGGGAGCCCUCCACCGCAGGUGAGGGGAGGGGAGGGGAGGAGCAAGAGGGGGCGCCUGCCAGCGACAGCGCUGACCAGCAUCUGUGUGUCUGUGGCAGUUACGGAGCUGCCAUGCAGUUUGUAGGCCACGUAGAAAUUCCGGUGGAAGCAUCUCUGGACGACUUGAAGAUCCAGGUGCUGACCCUCCCCCCCCUGCACGACCUGUGCGUGCCCAGCCCCCCCUUCCUGCGCGUCUGGCUGCUGGAAAGCCGGAGACCCAGCAGGAUCCUCAGGGGGAACCUGCAGCCUCUACAGAAGCUGAAACUGGCAAGCGGGACGGAGCUCUGUGUACAGCGUCUGCAGAAGGAGGAGAAUCUUGGGCCAAAGGAGCUGCUGCUGAAGGUGCAGAUCGGAAUCCCCGGAGAACGGAGCUACUACCCGUCCCAGGAGAUGGUGUGGGAUACUGGGCGGGAUGGCACUGCCCACGGUCUUCACCAGGCCAUAGCAGCCCACUGCAGCCUGUGCCCGGACAGUCUGAUCAUAGCCAAAUAUUGUCCUGAGACGUAUUCCUGGAUGGCCAUCUCCAGCUGGACCCAGCAGGUGUCAAAGCGCAAGAAGAAGAAAAAGGCCGAGAGCCUGCUGGGGGCGCCAUUUCACCUGAGGGACGGCGAGGUCAUCGGCGUCAAGAACCUGCUGAUUGACAGCAACCAGGAGUUCAGCACCCCUGAGGAUGAGCUGGGCCAGCAGAGACUGCAAGAGGAGGCUGAGACUUGGGCCAAAGGGGGGCAGAGUGGGAACGUCGGGCCCCACCCAGAGGUGACACUGGAGUGUAAGGGGUCAAGGAAGAACAGGAAACCAGAAGUGGCCUUGUCCAUCAACGUAGGGAUGUUCAGAUAGCACAGGACAGGCGUGUACUUGCAGACACACUUUAUGUAGUAUGCCAAACAUAAAUGCCUACACAUUGGCAGACCGGCUCUUUGUCUCAGGUCGAGUCACCAGGAAACAGGUGCCUAGUGUUUUAUGUGGGUAGGCGCAAGGGGGGGGACAGCAAUUUUGUCUUUUUAUUUAAAAUUCAUGUAAAUCACAGGUGAUAUGAGGGAUGCGAAAACAGCCGUGUUUAUACCUUAAGGUUGAGCUUGCUUUAGCUCUUCCUCACUAACACCGUAUGUCUCCUUUUCAUUUUGUAACUAUGCAAACAGCCCCUCCCUCCGAUUCGCUCCCAGGUCUGUGGAGGUAGGACACUAACGCUGACCCUAACUGCUGCUGAUUGGGUGGCAGUGGGGCGUUUUGGACGCUGCUGCUCUGUCCGUGGUCUGCCUUUCUCCGCACGCCCUCACUGAAACUGGCAGCGGGUUCCGCUGAAGUCCUCGGCCUUGUAUUAGGAACAGAAACCCCUAUAAGCACGUCUCCCGCUGCCCUUUCCUCCUGCAACUAAGUUGCAAACUUUUAUUGGGCAAAGAGAAGUAAAUGGAAUGGUUAGUAAUGUGCAGUUCCAAAUGUAAUGAGCUGAUCCAGAUAUAUUUCUGGGGAAGUUCGGGUAUCACACUGUAUGGAUCAAAUGAAGACACUGCAGAUACGCUGUGGAAGCUGACGGUGACUGCUCCCCAGAAGAAAAUCACUUCAGGCUAAUUGUUAAUCCGACUGUUUGGUUGUUAAUCCUAAAACUGAUUUAUACUGCUUGUGACUAAGUAAUCACAUAAUUUGAUUUUUGGUUAUGCUUAAUAUACUUUUGUUGAUGGCUUAAAAUUAAUGUACGCCAUGAAACUGUCAGUGCGAUGUUUUGAAGCUGAAUCGCGACACGAGAGAAGAAUGUAGAUUCUGCCUUAAGCACAGAGGUCCACAUUUGGCUGCCUAGACUUCGAAGUCUCACUUCCUCCAUCUGUUUCCAGAGAAUCUCGUCUUUCUUCAAGGACGUUCACAAAGAGGAAGGGGGACCGCUGUAAUGCCACGUGCAUGGACAAAAAAAAAAAUCCAAUUACCCGCUGUAUUCUAAGUGGGCUUUAACCCCUUUGACAUUUCUUUAUAAAUCUGGGAACACGUAAGGCUGUCAAAGACUGUCGACAAAUUCUUGCUGCUGCCCCCCCCCCAUUGUGUCCCUUUCCAGUGACUUGUUUUUUUUAAUGAAUCUUUUCAUAAAUAUGAUGUAAAUCAUGGGAAA